AUGGCAGCUUGUGAUGCAGUUUGUGUUACUGUAAAAUGGAGUGGAAAAGAAUAUUCUAUCGACAAAUUAUCGCCGACAGACACGGUCGGAUAUCUAAAAGAGGUGAUAAAGGAAAAAACCGGAGUUUUACCCGAAAGACAGAAACUGUUAGGUUUGAAAUAUAAAGGUAAAAAAAAAUUUAGUCGCUAUUAAUAUUUGGUAGAGCUGCAGAUUGAGAGGGAAACGUGUGUAAAUUAUAAAAUUAAAUGUGGUUAAAUUUUAAGUUAUGAUGGAUAGGAAAGUUUCUUAAUGAGGUGAGUUCCUCAAAUGAGAUACAGCUUUCACACAUACGCCGUAAAUCUUGAAAUUACCACUAUCUCUUUCCAAGGCGCCUUUUUCAAAUUGUUUUGUCACCAAACAACAGUUUUCUGGUGUAUUUUUCAUUUCAGGGAAAACUCCUGAUGAUGAUGUGCGCCUGAGCGCCUUAAAUUUGAAGUCUAACACAAAGAUUAUGAUGAUGGGAACAAGAGAAGAAAAAUUAGUACGGCUUGUUAAUUUUUUAUAAAUAUGAAAUAUUAGUCCUGAGUAACUUGCUCUACCUACGUGAAUAGUAUGUUAUGAUGACCUGAAUUUUCAGCAAAUUAAAAAAAAAAAAAGAAGAUAUCGUAGCUGUCAAUUUUUCAAAAAUUUAGUCUGUGCACUGUGUUCUAUGGUGAUGACAGAAAACCUAACACUAAUUUUAUUUUCAAACAUGUUGCUUGCAUUUUUCUCUUAGGCUGAAGUGAUUUCUCCUUCUGAAGAGUUAUUGAACAAUCAAGUGAUAAAUGACUUUGACAUUGAGGAAGAAGAGAUCCAAAUAGAAAACAGGUAUGUAUACCUAUUUAAUGACAUUGAAUCAAAGCGCUUCAUGAGUCAUUACUUUUAAGGUCAAGAUUUGCAUCCUCAUUCCCACACUUUUUGCCAUAUCUUUUUUUCCCGUCAAAAAAAAUGUAUUUUUCACUUCUCCAAUUUCUCCAAAGGAAUAAUUUGUACACCAAAAUUUUGGAAUGAAAAAUGUAGGUCACGGUGCUCAUUUGAGAGGUAAAGACCACUGUACUUGUUUACCUUGCGUAUCAAUUGAAAAACAAUACCAUGUUCUUGGUAUGCAUGCAUGUUUAUUGGCUGAACACAGUUAACACAGUUUGCACAGUGCAAUACUGAGGAAUUGCCUUAAAGAGGCUCUGGGGAAUAAACCACAAAAACUCUUUCUCUCCUCAAAGCUUCAUAUGGCAGUCCAUGGUGUAUUGCUAAAUUUUUAAAGAUAAAAAUUGGUGGAAUUUAUAAUUUGUAAGUUUGUUGUAAAAAUGUAGAUAAAAGAACAAUUUUUGGCUUUUAAUAAUAUUUUAGGUAACCAACCAUGUUAUAUCUUUGCAGAGAUGAGAAUCUUGCCAAAAUAGAUAAAAGAAUAUCAGACUAUAAAGUGGAAAUACGUAAUCCACCAAGAGCUGGAAAGAAGUUACUGGUACUUGAUGUUGAUUACACAAUAUUUGGUGUGUAUAUAUUAGUUUUAACUUCUUUAUCAGUUUAAACAAGAGCUACACAUUCCAUUAAUGAAAGUUAUCAUCCAUGAUGAUUCAGUUAUAAUGGAUAAUUAGUUUGUAGAUUUUAAAAAUGAUAUUUAUUAUAUCUCUCAGUUAGAGCAUGCACUAUGGAAAUCAUUGGUCAAUCAAAAUUUUGUUUGAAUUAAAAUCUUCCCCCUCUAUUUGAACUCAGAAAUAUUAUAGAUAUCUUACUAACCUCAUUUUUCUGCUCUGAUUGAUGGCAUGCUUUGCAUUUAGGCCAAACAUGUAAAUCCAAGAGGAAAAAACUGUGACUUACAGUAGGGACCUUAAACUCCAUUACUAAGAGGUAUUGAUCUGGAGAUUAUGUAACUAUUUAAUUUCAGAUCACAGAUCAGUUGCAGAGACUGGUGUGGAACUUAUGAGACCAUAUCUUCAUGAUUUUCUCACUGCUGCCUAUGAGCAUUAUGACAUUGCAAUAUGGUGUAAGUGACUGUAUUUAACAGUUAUUGGCCAAAAGUGAAGUAAAUAUUGAUGAAUACUCCCUUAGAUAAAGUCAAGGGGAGUUUUCAGCAAUAUUAACUUAGCCUGAGGUGAAGAAGUGUUUUAGUUUAAUAUUUGCUUAGAAGGUGCUUUCAAAUUAUGUUGUAAAUAUUUAUUUUGGUGUUGAAAUUUGUUUUUAAUAAGUUGUUUUGAUUACUCAUACUGGGAUAAGCAGUCAGUCUCCAUUAGAAAUUAAUAGGUUUUAACCUUCAUAUCUUUCUUUUGAAAAGUGUCAGGCCAAACUUACUAGCAUGAAUUUUCUCCUGUUAGGUUUAUCACUUCCUUGGCAACAUUGACAAAAUGCAGUACAGCCAUUUUGAAACUUGUAGCUCUCUUGCUACAGUGUAUAACCACCUUGCCCAAGGUGCUCAUUUCUAUAAUCAUUGCAGCAUACUAAAAGUUACACUGAAUUUCUUAAAUUUGAAAAAAUAAGUAACUAACAGAAUCAACAAGAAAGUAAAUUUGUUAUGCAAAACCUCAUAGGAAAUUUUUGAGAAUAAAUCCUUGUCAGGGAUGACCUUAUCCAGGAAAAGUGUGAUUUCCAUCAUUUCUUGAGAGGCUGGUGUUUGAUCCUCCAUGGAAGGAAUGACUUGUCAUGCAAUCAGCAAACUAUGUCAAUCUGUAAAGUCAAAAAACUGAACAAAAAAUUAAAACUUGGAAGAAACUGCCUGUUUUAAAUACCACGUGUAUUGCUCAUUUUGAUAGAAUCAAUGAUUUAGUACAUUGUAUUUUCUGAAUAUUCCAAUAAUAUUUUUCCUGCUGUUUUUAACACAGCUGCCACCAGUAUGAAAUGGAUAGAGGCUAAAAUGAAAGUAAGAAAAUUAUAAAUGAGUAAGUUAUAUUCUGUGGUUUUACAGUUGUUGAAUUCUUCAUAACUGUGUACCAUUUUUAUCUAAUAAACUAUGUCAUGAUUAUAAUGAUAACAAUGAUGGUAAUAACAAUGAAAAUAAUAACAAUGACAAUAGUGUUAACUUUAUUGUUAAUAUUGAUAAUAAUAAUUAUAAUAGUAAUGCUCAUAAUAAUUAUUAUGAUAACGUUAUGAUUACAACAACAACUUACGAUGGUUAUGAUGAUUAUGAUAAUACAAUGUACAUGUUGAAAUCAAUUACAGUAUUAGUUUUACUAAUAAUGAUAAUGAGUAUGAUGCUAAUUUAUUGGUUUCAUUAAACUUUGUAUUUUUCUCCAGGAACUUGGUAUUUUUGACAAUCCAAAUUACAAGAUUUCCUUUCUUUUGGACAGUGGGGCAAUGAUUACUGUUCUGUCAACAAAAUAUGGGCUUAUUGAGGUAAAGUUUUAUAUUUAAAUGACUGAGUGAAAUAUGGAGUAGGAAAGGUGGCUCUGUGUCACUAAUGCAAUCUUUGAAUUGCUUAAGACUCAUUUUUCUUGUAGACUAAGCCACUUGGUGUUAUAUGGGGAAAGUUUGAGGAAUACACAAGCAAAAACACCAUCAUGUUUGAUGAUCUCAGAAGAAACUUCCUCAUGAAUCCACAAAAUGGCUUGAAGGUAUAGUUAUAUUGUGCAUGUAUUCUGUUAGUUAUGUUUCAAAUUAGUAUUAAUUUUUAUCUGAAUCGUCAAUAAUUGAACCUGUUUACAGUCUUUCUUUUUAAUAAAUAAUUGAAAUGAAAACAAACAAACAAACAAACACAGUGUACAUAUACAAUGUUUAAUUCAAGCCAUUAUUUAGUGUUCCAUGUAGAUGACAUGCUCCAUUGCCAAAAAACUAGCAAGAUUUUAAAAAGAAACAGAUUUUAUCUGUGAGAUGCAUGAUGUUUCCUACAAAUGUAAUUUAAUUUAUAACUAUACUGUCAUUUCGUUUUAAGAUCAGACCUUUUCGAGAAGCCCACAAAAAUAGACACAAAGACAGAGAACUGUUAAAAUUAACAAAGUACUUGAAGAAGAUUGCCAAACUAGAUGAUCUUAGUGAUUUAAACCACAAGCACUGGGAGAGGUGUGUAUGA